AUGAGCAGGAGGAAUUGUUGGAUUUGUAAGAGGUGCAGAGAUGAAUCAAACCAGCCCCCUUCAAAUCUCACUUUGGAGGAAGUCUUGCAGUGGGCCCAAUCUCUUGACAAGCUGAUGACAACAAAAUAUGGUCCCAUCAUUUAUGCAGCAUACUUAAAGAUGGAGCACAGUGAUGAGAAUAUUAAAUUCUGGAUGGAUUGUGAAACCUAUAAGAAAAUUGACUCUCGGUGGAGCCGAAUUUCGAGGGCAAAGAAGCUUUAUAAGAUUUAUAUCCAGCCGCAGUCCCCCAGAGAGAUUAACAUUGACAGCUCAACAAGAGAAAAUAUCACCAAGAAUCUUCAAGAAGCCACUCAAAUGUGUUUUGAAGAGGCUCAAAAAAUAGUGUAUAUGCAUAUGGAGAGGGAUUCCUACCCCAGGUUUCUGAAGUCAGAAAUGUACCAGAAACUUUUGAAGACUAUUCAGUCCAACAACAAUUCCUGA